AGGAAUUCGCCAAAAUGAUGAACGGUUACAAGAUGUCAGACGCUAUGGGAAGUACAUUCGUUCCCCCUAGCAAACUGAAACUCCCGACUAGCGUUGAUUGGAGGACCCAAGGUUACGUCACACCAGUGCAAGACCAGGGCGAAUGUGGCUCCUGCUGGGCCUUCUCCGCCACCGGAUCUCUGGAAGGUCAACAUUUUAAGAAAACCGGAAACUUGGUACCGUUGUCUGUGCAAAAUUUGGUUGAUUGUUCCAGGGCAGACGGAAAUCUGGGAUGUAGAGGGGGUAACAUGGACUCGGCAUUCAAAUACAUCAAACUUAACAGCGGCUUAGACACAGAGGCGUCUUAUCCCUACCAAGGAAAGGACGGACAGUGCCACUUCAAUUCUUCUAACGUCGGGGCAACAGAUACAGGAUUCUCUGAUAUCAAAAGCGGAAGUGAAAGCGACCUACAAGCCGCGGUGGCCAGCGUCGGUCCAGUAUCCGUGUCCAUCGACGCCGCACACUUGUCUAUUCAUUUGUAUCAGAGCGGCGUGUAUUACGAAAGCAGAUGCAAUUCUUCCAACCUUAAUCACGCCGUUCUUGUUGUCGGAUACGGCAGUGAGAAUGGUUCCGAUUACUGGUUGGUCAAAAACAGCUGGGGUACGCAAUGGGGCCAACAGGGAUACAUCAAGAUGUCCCGCAACCGUGACAACAACUGCGGGAUAGCCACACAGGCCAGCUAUCCCCUAGUUUAAGCAUAAAAAUGAAAGAGAAACGAGGAUUAAACGGGGA